AUGUCCAUGACUACAUGCAAAUCCGACCUGAUAGUAUACCUACUCACUUCGAUGAUAUCCCCAGCAUGGUUUGCCACCCUCCUUGUCAUCCUCCUCCCUAGCCAUAUUUCGUUGUAUUUCAAUCUCUCAUCUUGGAAGCCGAGUACUGCCAUUCAAGAGUUCGUCACCACCAUUGACAAGGCAAUGACUGUAUUUAAGGAGCAUAAGCAUGUGCUUAGAGGGACAGAAUUCAAGAGAAAGCUGCUACUGUUCAGGCUCGAGUUGCGCACCUUAUCCCAACAACUCCGUGUCGCAGGUCAUGCAUUUUCCUGGUGGAACUGCCGCUCAUGGCCAAAGCAUAUCUCUAUGAUGAAAAAGAUUUUUGAGGAGGCCCAGAAUGGUCAGCGAGAAGUCAAGGCUCUGAAAGGAGAGGUGGAGGAUAUCAUAUUUUCCGAUGAGAGAGAGACGUUAUGCUUGGAAGUCGAGAUCAUGCGGGAUCCGGUAGGCACCAGUACAGAAGCACCUGAAGUACUUCGUUCCUCCAGCUUGUCAUACCAAGUUUCAUUGGCAUGA